AUGUUUGAAUCAAGUAACCAGCAAUUGUCUACCACAACGGCAGCAGCAGCAGCACGUAACCAACAGCUAUCUACCACAGCAGCAAGUAAAGCGCUACCUUCCACCACCACAACAGCAGCAGCACGUAACCAACAGCUAUCUGACACAGCCACAGCAAGUAAAGCGCUAUCUUCCACCAUAACAGCAGCAGCACGUAACCAACAGCUAUCUGACACAGCCACAGCAAGUAAAGCGCUAUCUUCUACCACCACAGCAGCAGCAGCCCGUAACCAACAGCUAUCUGACACAGCCACAGCAAGUAAAGCGCUACCUUCCACCACCUCAGCAGCAGCAGCACCUAGCCAACAGCUAUCUGACACAGCCACAGCAAGUAACGCGCUACCUUCCACCACCUCAGCAGCAGCAGCAUCUAGCCAACAGCUAUCUGACACAGCCACGGCAAGUAAAGCGCUACCUUCCACCACCUCAGCAGCAGCAAGUAAAGCGCUACCUUCCACCACCACAGCAGCAGCAAGUAAACUGCCAUCUUCCACCAUUGCAGGAUCAGCAGCUAUGUCCCACCAGGAGCGGCCACCGACAUAUACCAUGCUAUGUAGCAUUUCAAACUAA